AUGUCCAUGUACUCGGAAUUAAAGGAGAAUGAUAUUUAUUUUGCAUUCUAUUUCGACGUUUACGAGAUGACCAAUCCCGUUACGGACGAUUUUUAUACUGGUAAAGAGCCUUAUUAUACUUUAUCCUGCUGGAUCCAAAGGAAAGAAGGUGAAAACACACCAUCCCAUUACGUCCUCUCGGCACAGUCACCAUGGGUAUCAGGUGAUUUCGGGAAAACUUGGAAUUGA